UUCUGUCAGCGUGUUUAACUGCAGCCGCGCCAUUUCUGCAGCUAGCGCUACAAAUAUGCUAACCGCACCAGAGUUCACAUUAACUGGACCGAGACCAGGUUCGCAAACGGACCUGAAUUUUAUUGGGCCUCAUCAGAGUUUCAUUGCGCAUUCACUCCUCCCCAAACGAACCGGACUUUCCAGGCAAACAGACUGGACCAAAAGCGGACUGAAGGGGACCGGUCUGCCAAAAAGCCUCAGCCUCUACCUUCAACUGAGACCGAUCCAAAACCAGGAAGUGGACCACAGAAAAGAGGGAGGAGCUGACAGUUACUCAGGAAAAUGUCUUUAUGGUAAGACCUCAUUACGUUUACCAACGACAAACAAGCAUCUGCUAAAAUCUGAUGGCGUGACUCCAUUCUUUCAAAAUGUAAAGAAUGGAGGAAGUGGCGCUCCGUGUCUUCUUCAGAGGUUUUUGUAUUGUAGCGCCACCACUGGCGAGGAGGGGAACAGGGUUUUUAAAGGGUUUGGUUCGCAAAGCAAAACACAGCAGCUGAAAACAAAUGUUGGCAUUUUGAUCACCAAUCGAACUGCAUUUACUGGACUAUCAGAUGCAAAAACAACCUUAGACUCAGUCCCCCAGAUCUCAAUCUAUUCACGCUUCAUCAAAUCCAUUACACUAAAACAUCCGAUGCUAACGUCUGACCAAGUAAGGGUUAUUUUGGCUACUUGGUGGUCAGUGUAUACUCUCAUAGCAACCAGUAAAACUCCCAGGAGCUUCCCAGUGAACUCAGUUUGCUGAACAUGUCGGGGCAUCGGAGAGGUUGACCCUUCAGGGAUGAAGAUGGUAAAUGAUGUCACCAGAAUCUAUAAGCAGACGUCCCCGUCCCGCCCAAAGCCUAUCAUAUACACGGCAUCAAAGGAAUUCCCAGGAAGCUGUCAGGAGGAAAUAGACCAAAGACCAAAAGUAAAAAUAUCUCCACGAGCCAAGAAAGACGUUUCUUAUUUUGGUCGUUUGAUGUGAUCACAGCUUUUCAUUUCCGUCCUUUUCAAGCUGCCUUACAAGGAGAGGUCAGACGCUGCAAAA